UGAGGUGCCUGAUCGCGGUCGAUGGGAGACCCAGUGGGGGAGCUGGAUGACCUGCAGACCAGGGCUAGGGCAAAUGAAGCGGGCCACAAAAGGGGGAAAGGAAAAGAAAAAGAGGGAGUGGGGAAAUUGAGGGAGAUGAGGUAAAGAGGCAAGGAACGGUGAAGAUCUGGUCAAAAGAUGGCGAGAGAUGGGAAAAGAUGAUAAAGAGAUCACCGAGUAGACACGGUCAAACAUUGGCGAUACCGUCUCCGGGAACGGGAUGCGCAAUCUGUGCGGGCAUUAAUCUGUUCCGAUGCCCAGGCGGGCGCGUCACUUCACCGCCUUCUGGUCAGUCCCUCUGAUCGUUAUUUGUUGUCCUGGGCCAUCAACAUUUGCUGGUGCUCGGGAAGGCCCGGGACUAGUCCUUGAGGAAGCUGUCCAGGGG